CUCGUGCGUGUAAGGUUGAAGAGUGCCUCGCCGGGAGGGAGGGAACGUGUGCUCAGUUAAUUCUCGCAGGCUUCUCUUGUUGUAAUUAGUCGAAAUACUGCUGGAAAACGUUAAAAACGGGUCUUCGUCGGUACUUCAGUUUGUACUUAACGGCGGUGUGGCGCAACGCUGUAAACGCAGAGCUUAGGAUUUGUCACCUGGCUGCAGCUGCACUUGAGUCUUGAGGAGAGUGGAGUCGCUAGGCAGUUGCCAAAGAAAAACAGGCAGUUGCUAACAAGUAGUUAGCAAUACAGUCAGUUAGCCUGCCAGCUAGCCAGCUCUCCCUGCUGCCACAGCAAGUCCCACCCUCACUUAGUGCGUGGACGUCGUAAGAGGCUGCAGCGGCGAAGUCGAGUGCUUUCUCCUCUCAACUUAGCCAGCAUCGCUGUACAGCUGGCUGGCGAGCUAAAAUAGACCCCUUAAACGUUAGCUAGGCGUCGCCAACGUAAAAUUGUUGGCUUUAACGUUGGACAAGUGUCUUCUGUGGAGGGAUACGGUCGCUACACUGGCAAAGAGACUGGCUAAAAAGAAGAGACGAAAUAAGAGCGAACAAGGAAGACACCGAGAAGGAGGGGACUGGCUAGUUUAGCCGGGGAGACAGAAUCUCAUAUAGAUAGCAAACGCCGCCACCGAGCCACACACAGCCAUGAGUAUUGAGAUCCCGGUGGGGUUGACAGAACUGCUGCAGGGCUACACUGUGGAGGUGCUGCGACAAAGGCCGUCAGACCUGGUGGAUUUUGCAGUACAGUACUUCACCCGUUUGCGGGACACCAGAAGCCAGGAUGGGGCCGGUGCAGGUGGCAAGGCGGGUAAAGGAGUGAUGUUUGAUGGGGAGCCGAUGCAAACAGAGUCCAACGGAGAUGAUGACGAAGAUGAUGAUUCUGACUUUGAGCCUCCACCACCCAGCAGAUUCAACAGGAGAGUGUCAGUGUGUGCGGAGGCGUUUAACCCAGAUGAAGACGAUGAAGACUCGGAGCCCAGAGUGGUCCACCCAAAAACAGAUGAACAGCGCUGCAGACUGCAGGAGGCCUGCCGAGACAUCCUACUCUUCAAAACACUAGAUCAGGAGCAGUUCUCAGAGGUGCUGGACGCCAUGUUUGAGUUACGGGUUCAGCCCCAGGAGCACGUCAUCGACCAGGGCGAUGAUGGAGACAACUUCUAUGUCAUAGAGAGGGGAGUAUUUGACAUAAUGGUAUCAGGAACAACGGUGGGUCAGUAUAACAAUAAGGGCAGCUUCGGAGAGCUGGCACUCAUGUACAACACGCCACGUGCCGCCACCAUCGUCGCCACCCAGGAGGGGGCACUAUGGGGACUGGACCGUGCAACAUUUCGUAGGCUCAUUGUGAAGAACAAUGCCAAGAAGAGGAGGAUGUAUGAGAGUUUCAUUGAGUCUGUGCCCUUACUCAAAUCACUGGAGGCAACAGAGAGGAUGAAAAUAGUGGAUGUAUUAGGAGCGAAGCAGUUUCCAGAGGGUGAGCGCAUCAUCACACAGGGAGACAAGGCUGACUGCUUUUAUAUAGUAGAAUCUGGGGAGGUCAAGAUCAUGAUGAAGAGUAAAACGAAGGCGGACCAUGCAGACAAUGCGGAGGUGGAGAUAACGCGCUGUAGCAGGGGUCAGUACUUUGGGGAGCUGGCCUUGGUCACUAACAAGCCCCGGGCCGCCUCAGCCUACGCAGUGGGCAAUGUCAAGUGUGUGGUAAUAGAUGUGCAGGCGUUUGAGCGCCUCCUGGGUUCUUGUAAGGAGAUCAUGAAGAGGAACAUCGCCCACUAUGAAGAGCAGCUGGUGGCCCUGUUCGGCUCCAGCAUGGACCUGAGAGACUGAGCCUCCCACACCACCCUCCGUGCCUUCUACUACACACACACACACACACACACACACACACACACACACACACACACACACACACACACAAGCAGACAUACAUCCCCUUUCACAUCAUGCAGUGGCUAUACAGACUCGUAACAAGCUUUACACAGAGCGUGAAAACAUGAGAAAUUGUACUUGGCUCACCUGCAAAUACAUAAAUGCCUACACAGUAUGAACACACACUCUCACACACACAUAUACAUUACAUUGACACCUAUGUAGGCACUGAGAGACGGCCACUCACUUAGUCUGCUCAUCCUCGUGCACAUACCAGUUCAACACACUCCUUGAUAAGCUCACACACACACACACACACACAUAAACACAGAGCAAGCUGAUGUCCACACACCUCGUUGCUUGAGCCAUUUUCAACCUCUCAGUAUGAAUGUCCUUGGUGCAAUGACCUUAACACAGGUCACGCAGUGUAGGGACUUAAGAUACACGCACAGACUCCAUACACAUGUCGAAAAACACAUCGUCAUGCUUCAUACAUGCAGGCUUUGCGUUCACAUGAGCACCUAAACAACUCAGAGUUGUUGCAACAAGCCUCUGCAAAGGACACACCAACACACACACACACACACACACACACACACACACACACACACACACAGGGGUACAGAUACAUAGACUCAAAGACACAUAGGCAACCACACUUGCAAAAACGGACACAUUGUGGUAAAAUGGAGACGAAAAACUUUUAAAAUCUCUGAAAAGGAAAAUUAAUCAAAAAUGCAAAAAAAAAGAGAAAGAGAAAAGUUUAAAGAAGACAGAUAAGUUUUAGAAACGUUUUAUGAAGAUACAAAACUGAAGCUUUGAUAAAAUAUUAUUUAAAUAAAAAAAAAGUGUUUCCUCUUUGGGAGGCCGGGGUGCAGAACUUUGUGAGCGCGCCCCAUUUCUUCCUCUACUGUUGUUGAUUGAGUUGAGUUAGUGCUGGUGAUUAUUGCAGUACCACAGAAGAAGCAGUGAAAACAAUAAAAACCCUACGUUUUCUGGGCCAUUGUUAUUCUAUCAUGGACGCCACACUUCAUUGUAUUGAAUUAAUUAUUAAUGUAUUGUUAUUAUAUAUUCAUUUUUUUUUUUGUUUUUUUUUGUUUUACUUU